UAUUAUUAUCUUAUUAUAAUUAGAAAUAGAGCAAAAAGUGAACAAAAAUAAUUCAUUAUAUACAUUAUUAUUAUUCUUAUGUUGAUUGAAAUAUAUUUAAAUGAAAUACAUGAAGAAAUAAAUGUCAGUAUUCUAACAUAACCUCAGUUUUUAUUAUUGAGAGUGAAAUUGAUAUUAUCAUUCUUUAAUUAUUUUUUUCCAAAAAAAAUUACAUUGUUAUAAAUACAUCAUUUCAAAAUGAAUAUAAGACUUUUAAAAGAUCCUGCUACUGUAAGUAGCCGUAUAUUUGUGGGUCACUUACAAACUGAUGAUAUGACUAAACUUGAAUUGGAAGAACAUUUUUCAAAAUAUGGAACCGUUGUUGGUUCUUCAAUAAAUCGUGGAUUUGGCUUUGUUCAAUUUGAAGAAGAACAAUCUGCUCAAAAGGCUAUUCAAAAUGAAGAUGGUGCAAUGUUCAAAGGCAGAAGAAUAGAUGUUAGGCCAGCAAAAAAAGAUAAUCAAUCUAGUGGAGGUGCAGGAAAACAAUUAGGAGGACCUAAUAAUCAAUUUAAUUCUGGCAAUAAUCAUUUUAAUGCUGGAAAUGAUUCUUUUAAUAAUGGAAAUCAGGGUUAUGGAGGAAAUUCAAAUUUUAAUGCAAACCAAAAUUUUAGUUGUGAUCCACAAUUAAAUGACAAUCAAAAAGGUAAUAAUAUGCAAAUUCGAGGAGGAAAUGAUCAAUUUGCAGAUGGAAAUCAGAAUAGAGAUAAUAUGAAUGAUCAAUUUGGAAAUCAAAAUCGAAAUAAUGGGAAUGAACAAUUUAACAAUGUAAUGCAAUCUAAAGGAAAUAAUUUUAAUCCAAAUAAUCCAAAUAGAGGUGGUACUGAUCAAUUUAAUCAAAGCAGAGGUGGUAAUCAAUUUGGACCAGCUGGAAAUCAAAAUAGACCUAGUGGAAAUCAAAACCGUAAUACAAAUAAUCAGAAUCAAAGUGGUAGUGGGGGAGGUAUGAAUAAUGGAGGGAGUGGUCGACCAAGAGGUACCAGAGGUGGAAAAAAUCGAAAUAAAAAUAGAGAUAAUUCAGGUGGAAAUAACUUCAGAGAUCGUAGCCCUAUUAAUAGAGGCCCGCGUUUAGAUGAUAAAAGUGGUAGAGAUUGGGAUCAUAAACAAGGAGAUAGAUUAAGAGGCAAUAAUUUUAAUAGAGAUUCAUUCAAUGACAGCAAUAAUCGUUAUGAAGAUUUUAAAAACUCUACUUCUAGAGAUAUGAACAUGAGUUUUAAUAAUACAAGUACAUCAAAUGAAUAUUCAAAUGUAUCAACUGAAAAAAAUGAUUGUGAAAUCAUUGUUGUUAACAAAGUUUUAACAGAAUAUGCUGAGAGUAUUGAAAUGAGGUUAAAAAAAAUUGGAUUAACAGUUGAUUUAUUAUUUCCAAAUGAAGACGUCCUCUUAAGUAGAGUUCUAGGAAAUAUUGCAAGUCGUGGAUGUUUAUAUGCAGUUGUAGUGACACCUAUUAAUCAAGAACAUCAUUCCUUAACUUUAAAUAUUCUUCAUGGUUUACCUCAAGAACAUAGAAAUAUGUUGGUUGAAGAUGCUAUUAAUUUAAUAUCGCGCGAUUUUGCUAAUUACAAAGCUGGUGGACGAUCAGUUCCAUUGAAUACACCUUUUGCAAACGAACGGCAUCCUGAUGCUAUUCAAGUUCUUUUAAAUAUGCUGGCUGAUAAUCAUCAAUUAACAGUAUUACAAUAUGAUCGAGUUAUAAAAUAUCUCGAAAUUAAACGUGAAGAACAAGUGCAAGUUGAAUUAGGAGAUGUAAAAGAUUUACCAACUACAACAACUACGAUAACAGUCAGUGAUCCAAAACAAGCAGAAUUACAAUCUAGGAUACUUAAUAUUUUAAACAGUAAUAAAACAACUUCAUCUGCACCAGCACCAAGUCCAGUACCAGCUCCAACUUCAACACCAGCACCCGUUCCACCAGCUACUUGGGGAACAGCAGCAUCAACUGCGACAACAGCAUCCACUACUACUACUACUACUACUACGGGAGUUUCACCAUCGCCUCUGCUAAACGAUCCAACAGUUCAAAAGGCACUUGACAGUCUCUUGCAAGGCAAUUUACUCAAAAGCAUCGGCGAUCGGCAACCGACCACAACUACAACACCUCUGUUCGCUGCUUUUUCGAAUAUCGGCCGAUUUUAAUUCAUUUCAAUUUUAUUUAUCAUAUAAUGAAUAAUUGGGGAUUUGGAUCUCCUUUAUUUUUCUCAUAUUUAUACAAUCUCUGACUCUGAAGUAGUUACUCUUGAUUUAAUGAAAUGACAAUUUUAUGAUAACAUUUGAUAAGAAAUCAGAAUUCUGGAUUGCAUUCAAUUGCAAUAAUUGGAAUAUUUUUCUAAUAAAGUGUUAGUAUGCUUUUAUUUGUAUCAAAAAGAUAUAUUUUAAAUGUAGAAUGAUUCACAAAUUCUAUAAACGUUAUUUACAUGAUUUAUAAAAGUAGGUAUACUAAUACUUGUUUAUACAGAUAUUUGUUCAAUUUUUUCAUUCUUAGGAAAAAAUAUUUUAGUUCAAUAUAUUUCAUAUUAUGUAAAUGAUAAAGAAAACAAAAUAUUAGAGAAAUGUAAUG